AUGAACUCAUUAAUUAAUCAUGCAAUGACAUUAGUGCGAUAUUUUAUAGUACUUAUAACUUUUGCAUUAUGUUUAUUGGCAACCACACAGCAGCCAAAAAGGAAACUGUUUUCUAUAUCAGUUGAAAUUGCGCGAGAUGCAGGUGGUGAAGAAUGGAUACAGGCUGUAGCUGAAGUAUAUCAUUCUCCAGUUGAUUUUUCAACGAAUAGUAGCACUUUAACAUUGGCAGAAAGGUUGAAAAUUGCAAAUUAUAAGAGUGCUCAGAUGAAAUAUGAAGUAGUGAAAAAGGAAGUUGAGAAUAAUCCUGAAAUUCUGAAAACUCAUCUGCACAAGAUUGUACAUCGUAAUAUGCCGGGUUAUGGCUAUCAUCAAAAGGGUGAAAAAAAGAAUGUCAUUGAUGGCAAGCAUAUCAAAGAACCGGGAACUUACACCUGUAUGGUACAGAAAAAGUUAUUAGAACAACGUUUGGGUGAUGAAAAUUGUCGGCUUAUCGAACCCAAAAGAGAUGUUCUAGAGCAAUGCAUAAUUAGCCUUGCAGACAAGAACUCAGUGAAUGAUAUGAUUAAAAAAAGUGCCAGGAAUACAGUACUCGCAGAGAUGAUGUUGUAUGAUGUCCGUUAUGAUAAUGCAUGGAAAUCCGAUUAUAAGAAGGAAUUCAACAGCAGAGGCAAAAUGAAACCAGAAAAUCGUCCUGCUUGGAUUGGUAUCAGUAGCGAUUUCUUUACGAGAAACGAAAAAGUGGAUCUCGAAGAUGCGCGUUCUUUCAUCCUCUAUCACCGGCUUACACGAAUUCCGGAAGUGAGCAAAUGGUUAGAGAAUGAUGAACUAAACUACAGAAAUAGUAAUUUAGAAGAAUUUUUUAAGAAGGAUUGGGAUGGAAAUGGAAUCAUAAGACGCAUGAAUGAAUUCAAUCGAAAUGUGCAGAAUGAUUUGGAUCGAGUUCGACUUCAUGAUCGAUUUUACAAUAAUAUCGUGAUGUGGGAAGCACUGAUUGGAAGUCGGAAACAGGUUUAUAUUCGAACUAUGAUUGGUGGCAUGGAACGCCGGUUUGAAAUUCUAGAUAAUCAAGUGAAUCAUAUUGUUUUCACCCAUCAUGCAUUUGACGAACAUCUCGAUUUGUGUCGCAAUAUAAGAAUUAAAUGUCGUGACUCAACUCGUGUCGUACUGACUUAUCCGAAUGCUGCAAACAAUGAUUUCAUUCAUGCGAAUUAUAUUCAAGGCGGACCGCUUUUUAAUAAAUUUAUCAUUACACAGGCGCCCAUGGCAAAUACAAUUGGUGAUUUCUGGCGUAUGGUUUGGCAAGAGAGAUCACCUUAUAUCUUUAUGCUUAUAAGUCGAAAAGAAGAUAAGAGAUGUGCUCAGUAUUGGCCAAGGCUAGCAUUUUCUAUACAAAGAACUGGAGAUCAGAUAACCUAUUAUGGAUUGACAAUUGUCAAUUCAGCCGUGGACGAAUUUCGUUUGCCAUUGUUUCGUGUCACAUAUUUGAUUGUGAUUGGACCUGAAGGCGAUGAAUUACGUGUUGAGCACUGGCAAGGUGAUAUGAAUAAUUCAGACAACGUUGCGUUACCUUUACAAUUGUUAAGACUUGCUCGGAAUUGUUCUUAUCCAACAAUCAUACAUUGUCAUUUGGGGAUAAGUCGAUCUGCUGCACUGGUUGCUGCUGAAAUCUGUAUCGCCUGUUUGCUCAAAGGACCGCCAUAUAAGCACUGCGUGCAGAAGGCAGUACAGUUACUGCGCUCACAACGACCAUUUUGUAUCGAAACGCCAAUGCAGUACAUAUUUAUACAUCGAGUAGUGCAGAAGUUCUUGCACGAUUAUGUAGGCGACCCAGAAGGCUUUCAUAUGGAAUAUAAGGACUGGAUUGAAGCACGAGCUAUGAGACCAUUUAUUGACGAUAUCGAACAAAGGAUUCCUGGAUAUCGCUUACUAUCGCCACGUCUUGAUCCUGACUUAAUUCGAUUGGUGCGACAUCGUGAACGUCCGGAUUGUCGUCGUGAGACUCACGAUUGUGUUGGACAGAUGCCGAUACCCUUGCAAGAUACUCGAGAACAACGCUUCGAAGAACUGCAGCUAACGAAACGUUAUCCACGAGGCGGCCGAUAUGAUUGA